CGUAGCAGUAGCAACAUCGUAGCAGCAAUCGUAGCAAUGGCUUUCAGAGGAGAACACUUCCGUCUUGCGCUCGUGUGCGUGGUGCUGUCAUGGUGCGCGUCCGCGUGGGCCGCUCCCGCCCAGCUGUGCGCCGCCGCUGCGGAGAACGAUCCCAGGGCCACACGUUUCUGCCAGGCUCUGAACACGUUCAUCGAACUUUACGCUGAGGCUGCUGGGGAACAGGUCCCGGAAUACCAAGCGCUGAUCCGCGACUACCCGCAACUCCUGGACACCGGCAUGAAGAGGCAGGACGUCGUGCACUCCUUCCUCCGUUUCGGUCGUCGCCGCUGAUCUGUGAGGUCGCAGCGAUCCCGCUACUAAACUACAACAAUGAGGCUUAACAUACUUUGCAGAUUACAAUAUUAAUUUUAGUCUUUACUUUGUUUCGUCCAAAACAUAAUAAAAAGUUCCUUUUUUUAAUUAAUAAGGGUUAUGGGUGUUUGUAUGUUUAAGGUAUCUGUGCACUGCGAAUUAUAAAAAAAAAAACAACAUCACUCUUAAGUGAGACGUCUCUUACACCGGACGUCUCGUACCUCUCUCUCUCCCAAAUUUUAAUAGAAUAAUAUUAGUGAAUAUAAUAUGUACUUACUUAUUGCUAAAGUAUUAAUAGUUAUAAGUAUUUUAAUAAUACUAACGAUCUUGUUGUCAACAUUUUUGUGGCUCUUCAUUUGACAGAUACAUGUAA